CUUCCUCACAAGACACACCACCGCGUGCCGUGACUAGUUAGAGUGUCGCACUCGCUACUGCUCCAAAAUGGCAAGCCUUGUGCUGUUGUUGCUCAUCUUACUCGUGCCUACCUUAUCGUUGCCAGCUGCUCAUUGCAAUGACAACGUCGGAUUCCAGCUCAAGCUGACCCACGUCGACGCGGGCACGUCCUACACCAAGCUGCAGCUCCUCAGCCGCGCCAUUGCCCGGAGCAAGGCCCGCGUGGCCGCGCUGCAGUCCGCCGCCGUGUUGCCGCCCGUGGUGGACCCGAUCACGGCGGCGCGCGUCCUUGUGACGGCCAGCAGUGGCGAGUACCUGGUGGACCUGGCCAUCGGCACGCCGCCGCUGUACUACACGGCCAUCAUGGACACCGGAAGCGACCUCAUCUGGACGCAGUGCGCGCCCUGCCUGCUCUGCGCCGACCAGCCCACGCCCUACUUCGACGUGAAGAAGUCCGCCACGUACCGCGCCCUCCCGUGCCGGUCGUCGCGGUGUGCCUCGCUCUCCAGCCCCUCCUGCUUCAAGAAGAUGUGCGUGUACCAGUACUACUACGGAGACACCGCGUCCACCGCCGGCGUCCUCGCCAACGAGACGUUCACGUUCGGCGCGGCCAACUCGACCAAGGUCAGGGCAACUAACAUCGCUUUCGGGUGUGGCAGUCUCAACGCGGGCGACCUCGCCAACAGCUCCGGUAUGGUCGGCUUCGGCCGUGGGCCGCUGUCGCUGGUGAGCCAGCUCGGGCCGUCCAGGUUCUCGUACUGCCUGACGUCGUACCUCUCGGCGACGCCGAGUAGGCUCUACUUCGGCGUGUAUGCGAACCUCAGCAGCACCAACACCAGCUCCGGGUCUCCGGUGCAGUCCACGCCGUUCGUCAUCAACCCGGCGCUGCCGAACAUGUACUUCCUGUCGCUCAAGGCCAUCAGCCUGGGAACCAAACUCCUGCCCAUCGACCCGCUGGUGUUCGCCAUCAACGACGAUGGCACGGGCGGCGUCAUCAUCGACUCGGGCACGUCCAUCACGUGGCUGCAGCAGGACGCCUACGAGGCCGUGAGGCGAGGGCUGGUGUCGGCCAUCCCGCUGCCGGCGAUGAACGACACAGACAUUGGCCUGGACACGUGUUUCCAGUGGCCGCCGCCGCCUAAUGUGACCGUGACAGUGCCCGACUUGGUGUUCCACUUCGACAGCGCGAACAUGACGCUGCUGCCGGAGAACUACAUGUUAAUCGCGAGCACCACGGGGUACCUGUGCCUGGUGAUGGCGCCGACCGGUGUGGGCACCAUCAUCGGGAACUACCAACAGCAGAACCUGCACCUGCUCUACGACAUCGGCAAUAGCUUCCUGUCGUUCGUUCCAGCUCCGUGCGACAUUAUAUAGCUUUCCUUGUCAGGUCUAGCUUCUUUAGCCUUCAAUAAGUUCGCUGCUAUAGUUCGUUGUUGUAGCUGCAUUAGCUUCACACGUAGAGUAGCCACUAAGAUUAAAGUGUUGUGUUAUCCCCAAUUAUGUAGCAGAACAUGUGUGCCACACGAUAAUCAUUUUGGUAAUCUCUAUCUGGUAGUCACAUUAUCUCUCCUUCAUCUAUCUUUUUUAUUUAAAAAAUUGCAAAUGCUUCUUAAAGUCAUUGCAACUUUUAUAAGUUUUUUGUAUAUUAUGAGAUUGGUCCAUUUAAAUAUUUAAUAAUUUUAAAAGUAUGUA